AUGGCCGAGCCUCUCCCCGCCGCGUUCAAGAUACCCGAAAUCAGUCGAUUCAUCAACCGCGCCAAUCAGCUCCGUGCGGUCAAGCCCGCCAUUGCCUACUGGUGCGAGUACCACGCCGUCAACCAGAUUGUCGGCAAGAGCCUGCACACGACCGACGACGAAUGCUUCAACUUUACGCGGACGCUGAUUGAGCGCCUCGAGGCGACCAAGGCCGAGCGCGCCGACGAUGAUGCCAUCACCGACAACACUGCGGGGCAAGCAUACGUGGAGAUGUUUGCCCAGGAGACGUUUGACCGCGCAGAGAGAACCAUGCGCGCCAACAGGGUAACCAGGCAAACCGCCGACACGUUCGACGCCGCCGCCACCUUUUUCGACCUUACCCGGGAAUGGGGCACUCCAGAGCCAGAAACGCUGCAAAAGAUCAAAUUCGCAAAGUGGAACGCCGCGCGCAUCCUCAAGGCCAUUCGUCAAGGCGAUGAUCCCAACGAGUCCAACCCCAAGGCCCCCGAGCCCGAACCUGAAGAUCCAGCCGAGGUCGAGCUCGACCCCGCGACGCACGACGCAUCGACAAGUAUGCAGCCAUCGGCGCGGCAAGCCUCUGUAGAAGAUGCGCCAGAUGAAGGUGAUCUCUUGCCCUCGGUCCCUCACACGAUGGCGACCGCUACGGACGCUGGUGGCUUCCCACCAGCCGCACCAGCCGUGACGACACCCGAGCCUCCUUUUGUUCCACCCCCAAGCAACCUGUCACCACCCUCCUCGAGGCCGCAAGUGCCUCCUCAGCCCUCGCCACAGAUACCGACCAAGAUCACCACCGAGAAUAUACCCUCACCUGAGCCUCUACCGACGCAGCCAAGAGAGGCAGCUACGCCAAUGGUUCCUCCGCCGGUAGCCUCCGCACCAGCUCCCAUCCCGUCCCCGGCUCCAGCUCCUGCCGCGGCCCCAGCCGCGGCAUACGCGACGACGACUAAUAUACACCACAAGGAUCUCAACCAAGCUCAGAAGCACGCGAAAUGGGCUAUUUCAGCCUUGAAUUUUGAUGACGUGCCCACCGCAGUGAAAGAGCUGCGGAAUGCGCUGGCCAUGUUGGGUGCUCAGUAG